AAAUAACGUUGACGAGCCCAAACAAAGUUAGCGUGCAACAAUAUCGGACAGUAGAAACCAACCAGAAAGUAUGGAAAAUUGUCUGAAUCCUCCUUUGGCCACGACUGCCGACACAAGCAAGAAAAUGAAGUAAAUACCGGAGACUCUGGCGGAGUAACGGGCGCUUAAAAAGGAGGUAGACCGGGACGAGAGCUAAAAAGCAGGGUCAACAUCAAUGAAGCUAGCAUAAACGUUGGGGGACGCUUCCGGGAUCUUCCGGACCCUGUAACCUUUCUGCUGGACAGGUAAACCGCUUUAACAAAGUAAGACAAGUGUCUGUAACAGAAGUGUUUCUUGUCAAAUGAGACCUGCUGCAUGUUGUAGCGCCGCUAAACUGUUUACCUCGGGUUAAAGGGAUAUUCCCGCGUGAAAUUAAUUUAGGGUCAAACACACCAUGACACAAAGUAAGACACCGCCUUCAGAGGUGAAUGUUGCCGACCGCUUGCUUUUCUAGUUAAUCCAACUUUAGUUUUUUUUUCCAACAAAGAGACUAAACACAACUCACCUAUUCUCGCAGCAGUCGCUUGUUUGUAGCGAGACCUCAGGCCAGUCCAUUACGGACUGCAGCGGGGUGACGCAACUCAAGGAAGAACAUUUAUGAUCAUUUCCUCAUAGAAAUGCAAUCAGACCGAGAUGCUAAGGCAGAAGAACUAUCGCGUCUGCUGUGCAAAAUGAUUAAUAUGGUGAUUAUUACUUCAAGGAAAUGAUAAAGAAAUGAUCAUAAAUGUUCUGUCUUGAGCUGCGUCACCCCACUGUAGUCCAUAAUGAACUGGCCUGAGGUCUCCCACAAACAAGCGGCUGCUGGAAGAGAGUAGGUGAGUUGUGUUUGGUCACUUUGCUAAAGAAAUUAGUCAAUUUAAAAAGAUGUUUGGUGUCUAGUACUAUGGCUGGGUCCCUAUAUGUCCUGUUGAUGAAGUUAGGUGCUGUUCUGAGCAUUAUUUGUGGAUAUGGAGUGGCGUUUUGGUUGAGGUUUGUUUAUGGCUCCUCAGACCGCUGUGUAUUGCUUUCAUGUGGUCAUUACUAAAGUUGGUAAAACUAGAGAAGCAAGCAGUCAGCAACAAUUAUUUCUCGAGGGGGUGUCUAAUCCCUUUAAGAUCUUUCUGUAUGAAUUUUCUGCAAAUGUGAGACAAAAAUACUAACAAAGCUCAUUUUUAAACAGAGAUGAUAUGAAAUCAUGUAAAAACGGGUUCAGUUGCAUUUUGUCAAAGGGUUAAAUCCUCAUUUAAACAAUCAGCAGGGUUACUUUAUUUUUAGUCGGUAUAAUACAUGUUUUCUAAAUUACGACAUUUGAUUUAGUGAAAUACAACACAAAACUUUAGUCAUAACAGUUGUGGACAAUCUACAUUUUGUCUUUUUCACAUUUUUAGCGCAGCCAACCAACUUCCAAAUGCUUUAAAGUAUCUUUUUGAACUCGAGUAAAUAUCUGAUUUCGUCGGUAAAUAAAGAAAAUUACUUACGUUCCCUCUGUCAUAGCUGUAACUGAGUGAAGCAGAGUUAAAUCCUCCGCCGAACUUAAUCAACUAUCGUCCCUGAGGAUGCUCAGUGGGUUUUACUCGGUUUACUCCUGACGUGGGACUUGUAGUUCUUUGAGGGGAGCAUCUGUGGAUUAUUAACGACAGACAGACUUCUUUGCCCAGCGUCCAUCGCGGUACCGUCCGAGGAAUUCUCUUGAUGGAGAGACAUGAGCAGAGACUCAGCUGUCCAAUCAGAACGCGUCUGGGCGGAGAAAUGGGCGGACCAGAGUUAGAGGUCCACCAAUCAGAGCGUCACUACGACAAACCGUACAUGUGUUCCCAAUGUUAUGAUUGCCGUGAAUGGGAUCGCGUCAUUUACUAUGAGGGACAGUUAAAGAUAUCACUGUCACUUUUUUUUUGCAUAAUAUAACCUCAUGGUGGCGCAACAGGUCAAUUUAGGGGAACUACAGAUUCAGAAGGGUUUACAAUUUAGAAGAAAUCAGCUUAAUAAGAGUCUGAAUCAAACAAGCUGACCAACUUACCAUUUACUCAAAGUAUUAACCAAGUAGUAGUAAUAAGAGCUACAAUUAGGCCUUAACAUUUUAUUUACAAAGCACCUUUAAAAAAUCCACAAACAUGAAGUUCAACAAACAUAAAAAACAUUUAACAUUCCUCAUGUUUUCUUCUCUUUACAUUGAAUUGAUUUGUAGAAGACCUCGGUACUAAGCAUUUAAUAAACUCUGUAAAAUCUGGUUAUAUUGAGCUUUUAAACAUUGAUAGACUCCAAAACUAAACACAAACUGUAGACACACCAGUGUUGUUUGUUUGUUCUGUAUGAAAAUAUAACAUUAAGUUUUAGGGUGUUGUUUUAUUUGAGUGGUUAGAUACUCUUGAAAUUGUGUUUUCCUUAAAAACACCUACAGUACAAAUUUAUUUUUAACAGCAGCAGGAUUUAAUCCUCCUGAAAGGCAGUACAAGCUUGUGCAAAUACUGAACUAAUUCAAAUAAUUAGUUUCUAUAUACAAACACUCACUUGGGAAGAAAAAGGGCUUACAGGUCCCUGAAAACUGAACACAGCUGUUCUUUUAAUAAGUGCAUUAAGAGAAAUCUUCAUUUCUCUGUCAAUAAUGAUAAAAAUGCUACAGUGCAGCAGAAUAUAUACUAUUGUUGCACAUCAUUUAGCCAUUCUGGUGAUUGCACCCUGUUCCAUUAAUUGUCUCAAAAUUACAUCAAGAUUUCGGGGUUCAUAGAGCUGUUCUGGAAAGGUGGCAUCUCUUGGUUGAGUGUGCUGUCAGAGGGUCCAGAUGGGUGACAGAAAAGAUCAGGGAAGAGGUCCUGUAUCACUUGUUGGUGAUCCACCUACAAGGAAACAAAAGCAUCCUCUGUCAAUUAUCUGCGGAGGAAAUCCAGUCUGAGUGCAUCUUAGAAAACAUGACAUUACCUGUGAUAGUAAGAUCACUGAAACGGUUUACAAAUCAAUCAAAAGUGGGAAAAUGAUGCACAUACUCACAUUCAUGUCCUCAACUGGGUCCAUGUCCAUCAUUUCCAGCUCUUUAGUUGGAGACGGAGGUGGUGUUGGAUUACUGUAACAGGAAAAAAAUCUCAGCUAGCUUUCUAAUAAGUCCUAAAAAGAUAUGGUCACAUUAUAUAAGAUUAAAUUAUAACAAGAAUUAAUUUAGUGCACUUCAAGAAUCAAGUCACAUUAAAGAUGCAAAUAAACAAGAUAAAAGUCUUGAUAAUGUGGGUAUAAAGCCAGACUGUGACAAGAAAAAAGUAUUUAAAUUACAAGAACAAAUUCAUAUUAAUAUUAGAGAAAAGUCAUAAAGGGAAUAAAGUUAUUAAAUCUAAAAAAUGAAGAUGCAACACACAGCAGGGAUUGUUUAUGGAUGAGCAGCUGAACAAAGAAGAACUGCAGCCUAUAAUCAUAACUUUAUUCUCAUAGUAAUAGAACUUUAUUCUGCUAAAUACCACACCUUUCUGCUGUUCUGACUUCCCCCUCCUCAAACCAAAACUUUAUCUCUAAAUCUCUUAGUUGUUCUCAACUGAUCCUCUGAAACUCUGUCAUACUUACACUGAAACAGGAAUGAAAUUCUUGGCGACGUAACCACUCUUGCCGUUUUUAGGUGCUGCUUUUUCUGCAUGAACAGGUGAUUCAAGGUUAACACAGUGCUCAUUUAUAACCAAGCAAAACAUGUUUCUAUGGACGUCACACUGGUGUACAAUUAAUAACAGAAGCCUUCAUUCACAGCCACCAAGCCUUCAAGCCUUCAGGUAUUAGCCUUCAAUAAUACCUGGGGCUUUGUAGUACUGUCCGAAGGCCGUGCCUUUGGGGAUGUCUGGGUAAAGGUAGAGCAGAGGUUUCCAGUUUGUGUUGGUCUGGGUCUUCAGGCUGUAGUUGAAAAUUAUGUAUGGCAGAGAGUUCACGGAAAGCUCCUGCUUGGUGUACGGUUCAACUGCGUGCACGAGGGUCUCUAUAUAGAAAGAAAACACAGGUGAUGUGUUCCCUCAUUGUUCAAACCCCAGUUUUGAACAGACUUUAGUUCAAGUACAGUGUACAGUAACAUACCACCGUUGGCAUUCUCCACCCAGCUGAAGGUGAUGGCUCCGUCUUUGUUGCUCUCACUAAAGCGGAGCAGAAAGGUGCCGGCUUGUUUUUCCCGAAGCAGGGCCUCUGUUCUCGCCCUGCUCACAAACCCAACUAUGGAACUGAAAACCACACACAGAGUUUUGUGAGUUUACUCACUUUUAACAUCAACAUUCUUCUAAAUUUGAUCUCAGUAAGGCUUUAAAGAGAGGCUUGUACUGUGUAAUAUAAAUCAAUUGUGCCUUACCCAUCCCGCCAAAUAUCCAUCAAGUGUUUUCUGAUCAAAUCCAGGAUCCCAUCAAUCCAAUACCAGGCGCUGGUCUCAAUCUGAGAGUAUAAAUCACAGUGUCAAGAGAGAAAGCUGGUUUCAGUGAGCAUUAAUAGGAUUAGUGUCAGCCUGCUCUAAUAAGACCCCAACUCACCUUUGAGAAAUCUUUCCAGUGAACAAGACCAUCAGGACUUUCUGCAUAGAAAUGUUACGAAUAGAAUAAGUUAUAAAGAGAAGGAGUUAACAGACAAUCGUUUCCAUUUAGUCUUUAAAGCAGAAAAAACAAGAGCUUAGUGUUCAAAGACUCACCCACGAAUUUGUCUCUCAGCACACAGAGCUGGUCCGCAUUGAGACCUAGUUGUCCCACAACCAAAAACUGCCAGCUGAGAACCUGCGCGAGCUGCUCCCAGGUGAGCGAGGGCAGUUUGAGGAAGAAAGACAGGUCCUUUAAAAAGAAACAGACGUUUGUUUAAGCCACCAGAUAAAGGCUGUUACUGGUUACCAAGUGAAAUAACAAAAACUAGAUUGUUAAAAAAACACCUUUAAUAAGUAAAACAGAUUCAAAACAAGCCCCUCAGAUACAUAGGAUGAACAUAAGCGGCAGUGUUUCUAUGUUUCUGUUUCCUGAAAGUGGACUUGGCAUCACUUUAAGGUCAGAACUUUGGGUAUCAUGUGCACAAGCAGGUGUUGUGAGUUAUAUGAUCAAGCCAUGAUACUUGAGGGGAUAUUCAAUUUAAUCUACUGAUAUGUCUAAUCGUAAAGCUUUAGCAAAAAGAGGUUUGUGUGUAUUUUUGUUCCCUGAUGGACCCUGGGUUUACCUUUGGCUCACUGUUGGACAGCAUGUUGAACCACAUGAUAGAGGCCCAGGCAGCAGGGAUCUGAUUGGUGCUAGAGAUGACAACCAGAGGCAGAGAGCUGGUCUGGACCAACAUAAGAGGAGACCAUUUAGAUUUUGAAGGUGAAAAAGGAAAAAUAAAAUGUAAAUGUGUCUGGAUUUCAUCUGAGAAUAACAUUGUCUCACCUCGAUGCUCAAAUCCAGCCCAGCGUACUGAAACUUCAUCUCAAACUUGAUGAUGUGGAGUUCCUCUGUGACCGACAGAUGAUUUGGGUCCUCUUCACUUUUAUUUCUUUUCCUUUUGCUCACCGCUGCACUGGUCUGAAAAUAUUUGAACAAAUGGAUAAAUGAAGAGGAAACGGCUCUAAAAAUGCAGAUAAACCUGUAACUAUCUAGAAAGUAAAAGCACUUAGAUAAGAUCCUCUCACUGAGUGUUUACAGUUAAAUGAAUCUGAACGCCUCAUUUUACCUCCUGUGUUACUUUGAGACCCCGUUUUUUUUCCUUCAGCAACUGAAAUAAAAAACAAUAGAAAGGAAAACUUACUGAAGAAAUAUUCAUGUCAUCAAAUACCAUGGUGAGUGUUUCAUUAUGAAUAUUUCAAUACUUCAGUUAAAUUCAAAUAUUUUGUCUUUAAGUUACAUCUUUGUGAAAAUUUAUCAACGAGCUGUUUGUAAAGUUUCAUACCAUGUGCCCGAAAUCGGCCUCCAGUCCUCCACCUGCCGUGUACACAUCCAUCACCUUUUCAUCACUGCUGAGCUCGAACAGACGAAACCUAAAACAACAUAGAUGUGUAAAAGGUCAGUUGUAAUGAUUGUAAUGAGCGAGUUUAAAUGCACUCAGAGAAACCUGGUAAUUCAUAUUACUGUAUCUAUGACCGACACUAGUAUCCUGGUUUUUGUUUCAGUUUGUGCAGACACCCACUGUGAGGUUUUUGAAUCAAAUUGCACACGCUGAUCAGCAGAGCAGGAGGGCAACAACUCACCUACUCUCUUCCAGCAGCCGCUUGUUUGUAGCGAGACCGAGACACUAAGGCAGAAAAACGAACACGUCUGCAGCGCAAAAUGAUGAAUAUGGUGAUUAUUACUUCAAGGAAAUGAUAAAGAAAUGAUCAUAAAUGUUCUUCCUUGAGCUGCGUCACCCCGCUGCAGUUGAUGGACUCGUCCCAGGUCUCGCUACAAACAAGCGGCUGCUGGAAGAGAGUAGGUGAGUUGUGUUUAGUUUCUUUACUAAAGAAAUCAGGUAAAGCUAAAAAGAUGUUUGGUGGCUAGUGCUAUGGCUGUGACCCUAUAUGUACUGUUGAUGAAGUUAGGUGCUGUUCUGAGCAUUAUUUGUGGCUAUAGAGUGGUGUUUUGGUUGAGCGCAUAGCUCUUUGUAUUGCUAUUGUGCGGUCGUUACUUAAGUUGGUAUAACUACAGAAGCAAGCAGUCGGCAACAUUCAUCUUCCGGGGGGUUGUCUAACUCGGUGUUACCCUGUGUUUGACCCUAACUUAAUUUUACGCCAAAAUAUCCCUUUAAAUCCAUGUCACUGAUUCACCAGUUUACACUCUGAUUUCACUUUUACUCUUGACUUACCCUUUGAUGGUCUUGGCUUCUUCAACACCCCUUAUUUUAAAGAAAAGAAAGACAUAACAAGGAUGAUAUGGGUGUGACUUACAUUUCCUUAAAAAGAAAAGACAGGAAAUCAAAGAUCUUUGCUCAGACACCACAGGUUCACUUACUUGUCAAACUUAGGCGUGACUUUGAGCAAACACUUCUGUACAAAUUCUGUGAGGUUUGCCAAAAACCUGAGGGAUGAAGAGACACAGACUUCAGCCAUCAAAAAAAAACCCAAAACAGUUUAUUCUGUAAAUAAUAACUAUGAUUACAGCGUUAUUAUAGUCUGCAAAAAACAUGACUGUGAUUGAACCAAAACCAAACAACCUCAUUGUGUGUUAGGGUCAGCAUUACCUCACUUUCGCUGUGAAACGCACUCCAGUCUUAAUCACAAGAGGUCGCUGUGGCUGAUUCGUCAUCACAGUCUGCUGCUCAACAACCAGAGCACUGCAAAGCAAAACCACAACAGUAUGUCACCUUAAUUCUGUCUAUCUGCCUGAGUGUACAGACUGUAUCUGACUCAUAAAGCAGUUCGGAUGAAGCAUGUCUUACUUGGAAAGAAGUUUUUUCAGCAGAGACAGAACAUGUGUCUCGAUUUCUGCCAUGGGAGUGGAGAUGCUGGAGGCUUCAGUUCUCUUGUAUUUCACCAGAAUAUCUCGCAGUUUCUGCAGCUGUUUGUGGAUUUCUAGCAGCACUUCUGCCACUGCUGUGAACCUGGAUACACAACACAAAAUGAACACUCUGACUGUGAUAAAUUGUAGCAGUAAAUACAUGAUUAUGAAAGUUCUAUCGAGUUAUAUUCUUACCAUUUCUCAAGAUGGUCCAGAGAGGUGUCAACAGGACCUCCAAUACAGGCGAUCUGUUGUCUGUGCUUCCACUCAGGGAGCUCCACAUCACUGAGAGUCUCCACAACCUGCUUUGUCUGAUUUAAAAUCUCCCGGAUCUGCAUCUCCACCAUCUGCAGCACAACAGUGUAGUUCAGAGCAUUUCAUCCAGAGGUGACAGAGCUGUCCUAAACAUCUCAAACCUCAUUAUCUUCAUUUACAGUCUGUGUAAAAGCAAUAUCUCCCUUUAACUGUUCACUGGUUAUAAUGCACUUCGUUUUUCUGAGUAUUGGUAUCUAUUAAUUGAUGGUGUGUUUGUAGUUUCCCUGUGCAUUUCUGUGUUUACUGUACCUGGUUUGUUCUUGAAAUGAAGUUGGCCUGAUUGAGACAUUCCUGUUCUACAGCAGCUUGAGGCUGAGGGAAUCCAGAGUGCUCUUCCACUAGAGGAGAAGUAUGAGACAGCAACCAUGAUUAAUACCCGGCUACAACAAUCAUAUCACAUUUCUCUCUGUCUCCUCUCGUACCUCGGCUUUGCCAGUUGUUCUGAAUGAAGUCCAGUGUUGCAUACAGGUUCUCCAGUGAUUUGGUUUCCUUUUUGGCUCCCUGAAUCAGAUGAAAAAUUUCACAGAUUAAGAAAUAAUUUAGUGUGUACUUUUCAAAAUGGGGAAGAAAGAGAAAAAUCUGCUUUGUGAUCAAAAUUAGUUAUGCGUCACGCCACGUCAUACCAAAAUCAUCCCUCUUAUGUUGGAAAUCAUCCUGUCCAACAUCUCUCUUCUUUGAUCCAUGGUUGGGGAACUGAAACCCUAAAAACAAAAAAAAUAUAUAUACUUUAUGUAUUCCAACCUUUUAUUUGAUUUUUGUAUUUAAAACUUGCCUGUGUUUAAAUUAAGUAAAUAUUAAUUGUCUUACCUGUGCUUCGGAGGCUGCUGCCAGGAUCCUCUUUUCCUCUUUGAGGCACGUAGAGAGAAUAACAGCCAGGUUCAGCGGAUUAUGCUCAAAGUUUUUCUAAGGAUGGAAAAGAAAACAGAUUAGCACUUGCAAUGGGAAAUGAUAAGUUAUACUUUAUUUCUAAGGAAAAAGGACGUAAAAAAAAAGACUAAAUAACUUUUAAAACAUGUCCAUCCUACCAGGAGGUGGUCUUUCAGUGCUGAAAAAUCUGGUCCCUGUAAGAUGCUGUUCUCCUGGACAGAGCGGCUCCACUGUUCUUCCAGACACACCAGGAGAGCUCCCAAACAAGCCCUGGCUUUGUUUUCAUCCUCGGCAGCCGAAUCCCUGACACACAGCGACAGAUAAGUAAGUAAAUUUACCUUAUACAGCACUUGUCAUCGAUAAAAUCACAAAGUGCUUUACAGCAAGGAUAAAAUGCAGUAGAAUACAGAGAAACACAAUAAAUAUAAUGGCACAGAUACAAGCACAAUGUCGACAUCAGUUGAAAUCCUGUCUAAAAAGGUUUUUAGUUCUCUGUUAAAACUUUCAGUAGACUCUAUGCAACGUAAGGUCAAUGGUAGUGCAUUCCAGAGGCAAGGGACCAUCAUGAGUUUGUGGUCUGAUGGCCUUAAUGAACAUGAGGAGGAGUAGGGUCUCAGCAGCUCAGUGAAAAAUUAACUGGUAACCAAUGUAGGGAAUAUAAAAUUGGGGUGAUAUUGUCUCUUUUCUUGGAUCCGGUUACAAGCCUUGCAGCUGCAUUUUGUACAGUUUGAAGGCGUUUUUUUGUUAAAACACAUGAAAAGAGCAUUACAGUAGUCAAUGCAAGAUGAAACAAAGGCAUGAAUUACCAUCUCCAUUUUAGGUCUUGCAAUCAUGGACCUCAGUUUAGCAAUUCUGUACCAACUUCAACUAAGACACAGUAUGUUAAUCUCAGGACUGUGUUUGUCUAUUUCCCUAAAUUAAGACACACUUUGAAAACAAUAACCAAACAUAAAAAUGAAGGAUUAUCAAAGAAAUGUUAAAAUCAAGUUUUUUUUUCUACUGUUGGUAGUUUUUGAGCAUGUUAUUAUCUAUUUUUGGUUCAUUUCUGAGAUCAUUGUUCUAAGUUUUGAUCAUAAAUUGUACGGCAGGUGGGCUGACAGCAGCUCCGCCUGUGUGUGCGGCCCUCUUACUGUAACUGUGUAUGUCAUGCUGCCCUCUACUUCCUGUGUACAAGUCCAUCUGCAACCUGCAGCUUAUGACUCAAGAUUUCAAGAUUUAUUCAUUUGUCAUGGGUAUGUUAAACAAGGUCAACAAUGCAAUGAAAUGCCCUGGAUGAGAGGACCGCUCGACUCAAGGAGUACAGAAAAAAACACACAAUAAGUACUGAAGGAAUAAAAUAAAAUAAGAAUACAGAUACAAAAGUAUGAGAGGAAUAUUUACAAAGUGAGUGUGAAUGUAUGAAAUGGAGGAUAAGUCAGUGGAAUAAAUGGGGUAUGAAAAUUGACAUAUCACACAUAUUAAUAAUGGUGUAUGAAUUGCUGUGUUGCACUUCACAGAUAAUAUUGCACAGUUAAGUGGGUUAUUGCACAGAGUAUUGUCCGGUGGUUCUGUCAGGAGUUUAGUGACUCACCUUUUAUUACCUUUUUACAAUUCUAGAGAGAGAAGACACUUUUAAUACUGUCUUAAAUAGCUAUAAUGAUUUUACUGUACAUGUGUACUUUUGUGUAAAAUGACUCAUCUUUGCAUAAACAAACAAAAAAUUCUACUUUUUUGUGCGCAUAAAGCAGAUUCUUAUGUGUUUUUAGUUAUAUUGCAUUAGUCGAAUUCAUGAGCACUCACCAGUCCUGGCUCUCUAUCGGCUGGCAGAGGUAGUGUCGGAUCUCUCGGGGGAGUUUGCCCGUAUACAGUUGGCUCACCUGGCCCUGAAGAUCAGAGCCCAGCUUCAGCAGCUCCUGCCACUGACCAGACAUCUGAGGCUUGACGAUAAAACCACAGACAGCUCCGGAAAACUUAGUCGGGGUCAAACUUAUUCGUUGCACAAAUGUAACGACGACAUACACUGUUUAUAACGCACGUUUGAAGUAACGCGGAAAAGUGAGUCCUAAAGAGCCGACAACCCCGAGAGACAGCUGGAAAAAAGUGCAGAAAAUAGUUUUACAGUGUAUUUUUGACGAAAAUAUUUGAUAUUUGAUCAAAUUUCUGAAAACGGCACCACUGUGUACUCCUCACGCAGUUUCAUUCUCAGUUGUGCGCCAACAGGAAGGAGGGGCUGUUUAUACCCGGCUGGUCCAUGUGAUUUCUCGAGAAUGAGAGCUCUACAUCCGGGCACUUUGGGACAGAGGUUUGCGUGGGCUAACUUCCGCUUUCAAAAUAAAGGUACCAUCAAAAGCCCGGAGGAGGGUGAGAUGGGUUUGAAAAUUUAAGUUCAUUUAGAAGGUUAUUCAAUUUAAUUUUGCUCCUAAUUUUGUUAAAAAACAAAUACCUAAAAAAAAAAGAACAUAUGCCACCUUCAGGAUCAGGCUGCCCAAACUGCUGAAAACAAUGAGUAAACUACAGCCGACCUGUCUGAUUUUAAAGGGAUAUUCUGGCGUAAAAUCAAGUUAGAAUCAAACACACCAUAACACGGCAUUAGUCACCACCUAGAGAGGUGAAUGUUGCCGAACGCUUGCUUCUCUAGUUAUACCACCUUUAGGAAUUACCACAUGAUAGCAAUACACAGCUGUCUGAGGAGCCAUAAACAAACCUCAACCAAAACGGCACUCUAUAGCCACAAAUAAUGUUCAGAACAGCACCUAACUUCAUCAACAGUACAUAUAGGGUCCUAGCCACCAAACAUCUUUUUAACUUGGACUAAUUUCUUUAGCAUAGAGACUAAACACAACUCACCUACUCUCCUCCAGCAGAGACCUCAGGCCAGUCCAUUACGGACUUCAGCGAGGUGACGCAGCUCAAGGAAGAACGUUUAUGAUCAUUUCCUUGAAGUAAUAAUCACCAUAUUAGGUAUUUUGCACUGCAGUUAGUUCAAUAGUUCUUCUGCCUUAGCCUCUCAGUAUGAUUGCGUUGCCAUGGAGAAAUGAUCAUAAAUGUUCUUCUUGAGCUGCGUCACCCCACUGUUGUCCAUAAUGGACUGGCCUGAAGUCCUGCUAAAAACAAGCAGCUGCUGGAAGAGAGUAGGUGAGUUGUGUUUAGUCUCUUUGCUAAAGAAGUGAGUCAAAGUUAAAAAGAUGUUUGGUGUCUAGUACUAUGGCUAGGACCCUAUAUGUCCUGUUGAUGAAGUUAGGUGCUGUUCUGAGCAUUAUUUGUGGCUAUGAAGUGGCGUUUUGGUUGAGUGCUCGGCUCUCUGUAUUGCUAUCCUGCGGUUGUUACUAAAGUUGGUAUAACUAGAGAAGCAAGAACAUUCAUCUCUCGAGGGGGUGUCUAACUCGGUGUUAAGGUGUGUUUGACCCUAAACUGAUUUCACGCCGGAAUAUCCCUUUAAGCACACUGAACAUGAUCCUGUUAAAUACACGGUUGAAAUGAUUCAUUUAUGGACUUAUAAAUAACUUUUUAAAGAGUAAGACAGGAUGAUAGUGUUCACACGGAUGUUUAAGAGAGAGGUGGUGGGCUAUUACUAUGCACAGAAGUAUAAAAAAAAUUAUUAUCUAAAUUUAUAUCUUUUAAAGGAUUAUAAAGUUCACAGUCUGCGCAAGCCUUUGUCUACAUUAUUGCACCAUUGCCUUGUUAUUUCAUCACGCGGUCAUAUUGGACACACCCACACACUCUCACUCUCGGGGAGUGAAGGAGAUCCCGGUAAGGCAUGACACCUGAUCAAGUUUGAGAAACCAAGAUCAUACCAGCAUAAAGAAACACUCUGUUUCCUGUUGCUUUCAAAGUAAAAGCCCCGCUUACUCGUGUUGACAUAACUUAUUUUGGGCUCUAGGUGGCAGAAGAGCUCACCUAAUGGUAUUAAAAGGACAAUUAGACUCGACAGAAAAUAACAAAAUGAAAACUAAAGACACUUUAUUUGAACAGCACUUAAAAAACCCAAAGAGUGCUAAGCAAGACCUUACUAUUCUAUUCACAGUCAAUAUUAAAAACAAUAUCAAAAUUUUAAAAAAUUAGAAGAAAUAAAAAACAAACGUAAGAAGUUGAAUACAAAGAAAAAAACAUGAGGGAAACGUGAAAAAUAGAUAAACUUAAAAACAGUCCCUGAUAAAGGAGGUAAAAACCUGCAAGAGUUUAAAUAGAACUACAAUUAAAACAAAUGAUGACAAAGUUUUAACAAACAUAGAAUAAAAGUGGAUCAUAGUUUUACUCUUUUAUCAUAUUCAAGACAGAUUUUUAUCAAACUGAACCAGGAAAACCAGGAAAGCAUGUUUGAGUCAUCUGGUGUUAAUCUGAAUAUGGUGAACUCAUCUGUAAGACAAAAAGGAAAAUUAUAUUAGCAGCAGAUUUCUCAGAAAACAUGGCAAUACAAGGCAGAGCAGGAAACUGGAGAGAAAAGAGCAGACACUAAUCUAAAACUAAAACUCACUGUGUCCAUGCUGAGGCAGAGAUGUUCGCUCAGCAAGUCGAACUCUCCGGGAGUCAUGGGGGGUUCAGGAGACUGACAGGACGGUGACGAGGUGCUGACAUUACAGCUGAGGGUAAUAGAGACAGAGAAACGUGUCAUUGUUAUGAAGUAUGUGCUUAAGCUGCUUUCAUUGAUCAAGACCCCCAUACUUUCAAAUCACUCCUAAAAACAAACCUUUUUAAAAUGACUUUUAACCUGUAAACUGUUGUUUUAUUGUCUUUUCAUAUUGUGUCUUUUUUAACCUUUUACACUGUUGGUCUUAUCACUCAAAAUUUUCUGCAUUUUAAAUUGUGUUUUUUUUGUAAAGCAUCUUUGAGCACCUGUAAAAGUGUGUUAUAAAUAAAAUGUAUUAUUAUUAUUGUUAAAGCUGUGCGUCACAGUUAGACAUAGGCCUGUAAAGCUUUGUGAUGCCUCUGCGCUCCAACAGCAACAUCUUGUGGAUGAUAAAGUCACAGCAGCCCUUUUAAUGACAGUUUGGAGCAAAGUGUUGGGAAGUGAGUGCAAAAAAAUUGCAGUUUCUCAAGUGUCCACUUGAAGCAAAGGGGACACCUUUAAAGCUCCAGUAAGGACAUUUUGGAGGACUCUUCACAGGAGCUUUAACUUCCAUAUCUAAAGGCUCAUACCUAUCAUACCUGAUUGAUCGUUUACUUAAAUAAGCCUGUCUAAUAUUUAAUCCUAUGUUAGGGUUUUAUACGGCUGACAAAUGAACUCACCGCAGUUCUGAGAUGGGGAUCAGUUGGGAUGGUAUGUAUGGGUGAACUGGAGAUUAAACAGACACAUAAAACAUGAGCCAGUAAUACGACACAAUCAGUCAACAAAUGUUUGAAACAAGAGCUUAAAGAAAUGACGAUAAGAAAUGUUUCUGCGCUCCUGCCUUUGCUUGGCUGACUGUUGUACAGCCGUCCGAAGGCCUCGUCUUUGGGGAUGUUUGGAUAGAGGAACUUGAGCGGGUUCUCCGGUACGACCCCGUCUGAGAUCACUUUGUAGUCUCGAAUGAUGUCGGCGAAAGGGAGAGCGCUGAGACGACUUUUAGUGUAUGGCUCCACAGAGUUUAACCGCAUUUCUCCUGUUGGACAAAAGAAGACAACGUAUUUAACAAUCAAGUAAAUGAUGUGCCAAAAACUGCAAUUCUUUGAGUGUCCACUAGAGGCUGUCUCCAUCAGCCCCAGACGCCACAGCCAAAGUCAUUGAAUGAUUAUGUUCUGACCAGCUUUUAGUUGAGUUUUAAGAUAUAUACUGUUAAAUUCACACAGGCUGUUCUAUAUGCAAAAGGCUGUAUCCUCUGUUCUCUGAUUGGUCAAUAUUCCUCAGACUACAAAUGAACUACAAACACGUUUUAAAUCUUUGUGUAGAGAUUGUGUAGAGGCAGAGAUUUAGAAAAGUCUGACCGUUUUCGUUGUGCUCCACCCAGGUGAAGGUGAUUCCUCCGAGGUGACUCUCACUGAAGCGAAGGAGGAAGGUGCCUUGCUCUUUGUCCUUGAGCAGAGCGCGCUCCAUCUCUUUACUCACAAAGCCCAUGAUGUAGCUGCACAGGGUUGAAGAAGGAGAAGAAAAGGUAAACGUGUUUUUCUUUUUUUCUCCUUCUUUUUUUGCCACAUUCUACCACUGACUUUAUUACUGAUCAUUAACGACAGUAGUCGCCCCCUGCUGGUCAUUAGACAGAGCACAGGCUAAGAGUCCCUCUGCAUUGCCUGGCUUCAGUUUUAGGACUCUCUGACUCUUUUGUGAAGUUUAUAUGAGCUGCAGAGAAUCCUAGAGACAGAUUAAAAAUGAGGUGAGGUGAAAUUUAAGUGAUGUUGAGGUUUACCUCUCAUUCCAGACGGGCAGCAGGUGCCUCUUUAUGAGCUCCAAGAUGGAGUCUAGCCACAUCCAGAAACUGAAGGGCUUCCCUUGAAUAUUCUCCUGUAAGAAAAAUUUAACAGAGACUUUAAAUUAGACGCUAAAAAGCCAAAACUAAGGUUUCAAGUCUCAAAAAUUAUUAAUUCCAUCCACUUUACAUAAAAUGUCAACAGUACAUAGAUAUUAGUAGAGACUGACCUUACAGAACUUUGACCAGGACACUUGAUAAUCACUGCAGGAGGCAUGCUGACCUAGAAAGAAAUACAGCAAAUAUUAGACAUUACUUAUUUGAAGGACAGCCACCAGGUUGACUAAAAGGACCCCAAAAACCUCUUAUAAGUCACCACAAUUUCUGCAAAAGGCAAACACGCCGCAACUCCUAAAACAAUUUCUGAGUCACACAGAAGUGCUGAAAGGGAUCAUGGUCAACAACAAAAACCGCAGUUUGAGACAAAUCCGAAGCUUGUGUACCCUUGUAGACCAUCACGUUUCACGAAGACCUCAAACAUGUUUCUUAUUCAGUAUUUUAGAAAAAACGCACCGAGCAGCUUCUCUCCCAGCAUGCUCAGCUGCUCUUUGUUGAGCCCCUGACUUGAGAAGGUGGAGAACUGCCAGCUGAGCACUUCAGAGAGCUGACUCCAGGUGGCUCGAGGUGGGUUUCCAAAAAACGACAGGUUCUAUAGGAACAAGGAGAAGGAAGGAGGUCAGGAGGAGAGAAAUGUGGAUUUUUGAAAACUCGUUUUAUUAUAAUAUGACAAAAGUCAGUUCAAUGUGGGGGUGUUCUUGCCGUCAUUGAUUAUGAGGGAAGAUAAGAGUGUCGAACCAAUGACCACUGUGAAAAGCCUCUGUACACACAUACUUAAACCACUAGGCCACAGGCACACCAGCGGUUCAGAUACAAUCACAGAGUGUUUGAACUCACCCUGGGCUCAUCAGUGAGAAGGUUAUACCACAUGACUGAGGCCCAGCCUCCUGGCAGCUGGCUCACGUUGGAAAUGACCACCAGAGGCAGCGAGCACGUCUGGAAGAGUCACACACAGUUAGAGGGCUUCGUUUAUAGACUGUAUAUAGAGACAGAUGGCAUGACAGCUCCUACAAAGUGAAACCAAACCAUUUAGAGCUGACUGAUGUGUCAAACUAUAACACUGAGGUACAUGCUCAUUUUUUUCUCUGAAUUUGGCUUCAAACUGCAAAAGAGGCGGAUUAGUUUCACUUCUGUACAAGAGGAAGAAGUAGGGAUGUCAUCCAUCUUUAUAUACAGCCUAUGUUUGCACCACCAUCUACAUCCUUGGGUAAAAUUGAAGCUGCAACUGACCUCCAGAUCGAUGGUGAGACCCUGAACUGUGAAACAAGCCUCAAAACUGAGGGAGUGAAGCUCCUCUGUCACGGAAAGCAGACCCUGCAGAACACCAACAUAAAUCAGGAGAUAAUGCACAAGUAAAAACAAGCAUCAUAAUAUUAUUUAUUUCAGAACUGAAGUUUAAAAUUUUGGUAAAACACAUUUUUAAUGAACCAGUUUUACCUCAUUCCCCUUUGUGCCGUUGAUGUAUUUCUUCUCUUUCAGUUGCUGUAAAAUGAAAACAAUAAUUUCAACAACAACGACUUUCCUCCAGCUCCCCUGAUUUAGAUCUUUCUGAUAGUAGUUAGAAUAUCAGCUUAAAUAAUGGAGGCAAAGACGGGUCAUCCUACCAGGUGUCUGAACUCCACUGACAGACAGCCGUUUGAGUAAUCCUCGAUGUCCAUAACUUUAGUGUUGUUAGUCAGGAUGAAAAACUGACGACUUCUGAGGAGAGAAAACAACGUGAAACAAACCAGACCCCUGGAUUUAUCCCAUUUGAUCGGAGUCUUUCUGCCUCUUUCUAGACCAAAAUAACGACUAUCACUCCUGAAAUCUGAAGUUAAAUUCCUCAUUUUGAUCACAGCUGUUUUAUGGUUUUAAAUAAAAAAAUUUCAUGCAACUUAAUCAAAAGUCUUGAUUCUCUGACUAUCAAUUUGAAAAAUAUUAAAAGCUUCUUCAGGAAUUUAAAUCUCUGUUUAAAGCUCCAGUGAGGAACUUUUGGUUUGUGUCCAUUUUGGCGCCCCCUGUGGACAAAACAGGCGUUGCUGAUCUUAAUCUCUACAUGCAUAAGUAGUAACUUUCGACUAAAAUAUCAUCCAGAUGACUCUUGACAAUCAGAUUUAUAAUUUUUUUAUGAAUGUUUGAAGUGGAAAAUGUAAAAUUUGAUGCUAUUCAACUGACAGCUGCCCACUCGCACCAACUACAAAGUUUAAUUAUACAGAAUUAAAAUCCUCAGUCUUGUUUUGUUUGUUUUUGUUUAGCAUAAAAAGGCAUCACUGUGAUUUUAAGUCUGUUACAUGAACAUAAAAACCUCCUCAUAGGAGCUUUAAAGGACUGGUACACGAGUCUCCUAGUCUACAUGUCUCAUGUCUUUACUCUGCUGCUGUGUACCUGCUCACUCUCUGUUUAUAUCAGGGCUAAAAUUAUGUCGUGACGUUGUUUGUACUCACACUCUGCCGGGGGGGAGGUCUCUGGAGACACAAACACACAAAAAAACACCAUAUAAAUUUAGAUGACCAUAAAUACAUCUGUCGUACUAUAUCGCUCUAAAUAACCAGACAGAGAUAUCUCACUUUAUAGUUUUACAAGUUUAUGUUUGACUGUUACAGAAAACCAGAUAAACAAAGUGAAACAUGGAGGAUCUUACUUGUCAAAUGUUGUUUUCACUUUGAGCUGAUAAUCCACCUCUGGAAGUUUAACCAGGAGUCUGAGAGGAGAAGAAAAGCAGCAACAUUAUUAUUUUACAGCAAGAAAAAGUGAUUCAAAACAGCUGCAUGGAAACUCGAUGUAAAGUACGCAGAUCAAAUCAGGAAGAUACCUGACUUUGGUGGUGAACUGAACUCCAGUUUUAACGAUGAGGGGUUUCUGAGGGUGUGUGGGCAUACACGGCUGCUUCUCGACCACAAAUGAGCUGCAAAAACAACAAUUCACGCAGUUUCAUCAGACAAAAUACAGCCUAUGAUACAAGCCUGUAAAAGUUGAAAACAGUCUGUGCUUUUCUUUUUGUUUUAUGCAUAAAAGUACCUCUUGAUGAGGUGAUAGAGGAGGUAUUUGACUCUCUCCUCCAUCUGAGGUUUCUGCAGGGGGAUCGGGUCGCUCUCGUACGUGACCUUCACGACCAGCUCGCCCAGUUUGUCCAGCUGCCGUUUGAUCUGGAAGAGACUCUGAGCCGUCAGAGUGAACCUGAGAGGAGACGGGGGGGGACAAAAGGCUGAUAUUAGACAUCACACGAUGAAAAUUAGACAUUUAAAUGUAAAUGAUGCAUUCAGCUGUUAUUCAUCUCAGUACCAGCCCUGAAGCUGGUCCAGGCCGGUGAGCAGCGGUCCACCGAUGGCGGCGAUCUGCUGCCUACGCUUCCAGUCCUGCAGCUCAGGGCUGAGCUGAGAGGUCAUCAGGUCAUCGAUCUCCUUUAUAACAACGUCCAUCUUUGACAGGAUCUCCUGAGAGAGGACAGGGAUGAUAGAAGUCUUAGUUUGUAGAAAUCGAUUUCACUUUACGAAUCAGUGCUGAAGUUUUUAUAUUUCUGUCGACAUCCACUUUUAAAAACUUAACUAACUUUAAUUUUACUGAACUGAAGUAUAUGUUUAGAUUAAUAAUCCCAGUUUUUCAGGGAUGUAACGGUUGAAAGCUUUAAGUGGAUCAUGUUUUGUUCAGGCUCAGUGUAGGGAGAAGAUCUCUGAUGCACAUUAUUAAGGCUGGGACUAUUUACUUAAAAACCAGGUGAGCCUACGGUUACAUUGAGUCUUUAAAAAGAGGAAGAGAGGAUGUGAAGUCAACCUGCUCACACUGAGGUUAAAUUUGUGAUUUGUGUGUUUGGAGACAUUUCAGUGAAGCUUUUAGAGCUUCACCUGACGAUACAAACACUUACCUUCCUCUUAAAGUCCAGUCUGUUCAGCAUUUCCUGCAGUCUGGUUACUUCUUGUUUCAUGAUUUCUGAGUUCCUAUCUGUCGAGUCUAACACACGCACGCACACACACAUGUAAAACCACACAUUUGUAGAAAGAAGCACUUUUUUCAGAGCUGCGAGCAGCUACAAAAAAAAGCCUGUUAAAAAUACUUUUCACAGCUCGAACGCUCAGGGCGUACCUCGAGACUGCAGGGUCUUGUAGCGGAAAUCAAAGUCGUCCUGCAUGUCCUCGAUGUAUUUCACAGCCUGGUCCAUCAACUACACACACACGUACACACAAAAACACACACAGACAUCGACAUAGAUCUCCUUUUUUAACUUCAUGAAUGAAAAGCAGAAAGCGUUUCUGUUUCAGUUCCCUCAGAGUGUUUCAGUUACCUGCACGCUCCCCCUGAUGACCCCGACUCUGUUGUCCAUGUUCUUCUGUCUCUCAAACGCCACAGAGUUCUGCAGAGAUUUCUCCAGAGGACCCUGGUGGACAUUUAUUCACUGUUUAGUCACUUUUUCUGACUUUCUGCAGACAUUUUCACUGUGCUUUUAAAGAUAGAAACUGCAGGACCAUCACUGCGGGAUGGUUUUUGUGAGAUAGCUUCAGGUCAGUUUUCUGAUUGGUUACCCAGAUGUCUGUGAACCUGAUAAGAGCCGGUUUGACCAAAACUUUGUUUAAUUUAAUGCAUCAGUGAAAGUAAGACAGUAUGCAGUGUCAGGUGUGCAAAAAUCCUCUUCUACAAAAAGUCAUCUUUAAGCUCUAACUUCGUGUGCAAAUAUUGGCCCCCUGCAAAACGGCCCCAGUCUGCACUGAUUAUUUUAUCUUUGCGGGUUCUGGAUUUGUAUGCAAAUAAAUCCAGUCCAGAUUGUGGUUGAGUUAUCAGUGGUGUUCAUUUUGCUCCUAGCGUUCUUGCAGAAGUCUGAUUGCACAAGGGCAGGCGACAGUUUCUCUGGAUUUAUGUAACGCGGUUGGAAAGAAGCGGUUGUACUUUAAACAAAACCACCUUCCUGGUAGCAGCUCGAGUUUACGAGCAGAGGCGCCUGUCACUCAGGAAGCAGAGGGACUUUCCCACUGAGCGAGACAAAAGUGACAAACCUGUUCCUGCAUGCAGGCGCUGGAGAGGAUCCGCCGCUCCUCCCUGAGGCAGGUGGAAAUAACUCUGGCCAUGACAGCAGGGGUGGACGUGUACUUCACCUGCACACAUAAGAGCAAACUCCAGGUUACACAAACACCAAUGUGUGCACACUUAAGACAAAAACAAAGAAAGAAGGAAAAGGAGCAGCUCUUCAGUUUGAGGGUUUUCAUUUUCACAUCGUUUAUUUAUCUUUGCAUCUUGAGAAAAAACUGCUCAGAGGAGGAGGAGGAGGAAGUUAUCACAGAAAUCAGUUAUUAAUAGUCCGUCUAAGGUUUUUACUGGAAGUCCUUCGUUAUCAAACCAGGAAAAGGAAUGAGGUUAAACUCGCCUCUGACGUCAACUUAAGAUGACAAAAUGAAAAGAGGAGGCAUGUUGCCAAAGGUGUAGACAGUUGCUGGAAGAAGAGCUUGUUCUGCGACUGGCAGUUAUAGCGUUGAACCAUGAUGUCGAUUUAGAGGAUGUUACUGUUAUUUAUCACGGAAACAAAAGCAGAUUUAUCGUCACGUACUUUCAGACAGUUUAAGGAAAAAUCUUUGUCACUUUUCUCUCUGCCUCCUGAAGACCAACAUCUUUAGUCACAGUCUGCACACCAGCCCCAGAUUAAACACGAUUUACUGAAACCAGACAGCGACUAAUCAUGAUCAUUGAAGCCAUGGUGUUUUUAAGAUAAGAUAAGAUAAGAUGUACCUUUAAAUAGUUCCACAGGGGGAAAUUCCAAAACUUACAGCAGCAUGGUAUAGAUACAGAAAAGACAAAAUUAAAAUAUAAAGAAACUUCAAGUUAAAAACAAGUUAUGUGCAUGCAUCAUAUUUACAUCUGUACAGAAUUCACUUUUUAGUACAGAUUAGUCCAUGAUGGGAUUGUUUAUUAUCAUAAAUAAUCUAAGUAACUCAGUUUUAUCCAAUAAAAAACUAUAAAAGUUGCUUUUAAAAGCUCAUUAAGAAACAGUAGAUGGUAUGAGCUGCAUUACAUACAGAGCAUGUGCAGAACGCAGCCUCUGAUUGGUUAACAAAUGUAAAAAUAAAGGUGGCAACUGCUAUUUUACCAAAAUUACUAUUACUAAUGUUGUCACAGAUUACUUAACUCAGGGGACUAAAGAGGUACAUAGAAAACAUCGAUAAGGCGUGAAGGCAGAUGAGGCUGGUGGCUCAAACAAGUUGAAAACCAGCUGAUCUGAGAGAGCUCUAAACUGGCCCAGGUUCACGCAGACCAACACACCAGGAUCAGGAUUUCCAUCGUCUGCAGGAGAUUGAGACAAACACAGCGUAGGUGUUCUGUUGUGUCUUGCACCCUGUGUCAAAGCUGGUUCAGAAAAGUACAAAAUAAGCUGCUGUGGGAAGAGGAAACUUUUUCUCUAGCCUCAAAAUUUUCAUGCAUCAGCAUCAUUGCCCGAAUGAUGACUGAGGAUGUAUCAUCACACUCCUACACACUCUUUCGUUACUGGAACAAUGACAUUUGAAGGAUGACAUUUGGCAUUAGAAAGCAGCAGAUGAAUUUGUUUAUAAAGUAGUAGGGAGCUUCCAUUUAUAAACUGAUUUCCCUUUUUAUCAUAAUCUGAAUGUUAUAGGUGAAGAGCAGCUUGUGCUUGUUUUUAGAAUAAGAAAACACCUUUAAAUGUACUUUUAACACACAAAUAUCAGACGUGCUCCCAGAGGGGUUUUCCUCCCAAAGAUUGAGCUUUAAUUAGACACAGAAACUCCAAACUUUGUUAUUGUUAGAGACUCUUUUGGGUUUUAUGAGCUGCUGCAUUCACACAUCACAACAACAACAACCCACAAACACCUUUGAGCACCACACAGGAGGAGUGACUGCUUCCUCUGAGAGUGGGACUCUGACAUAUUCAGAUGCACAGGAAACAGCGGUGUGAGGCUCUCGGGUUUGUUCUGCAAAGGUUCGAGUUUUUGAGCAUUAAAUAUGAGCUGAGGCUAACAGCAUUGACCGAGCAUCCUGUUGUAGAGCUCAAAGACCAAAGUUAACACCUUGACAGCCAUCCGUGGAGUGUGAGGAAGCUCAAGUUCGAGAGUUUGCACACUUGUAACACAGGUAACUUUCAGGCAAACUGAAAAUGUCGGAUAAACAAUUGCUGAUGAGCUCUUGAGUUUUUAGCUGACCGAAAAACCACACACAGAAACAGUUAACACCCUCUGUCAAAGUACAGCCACUAUUUUCUACUUCCCUUUAAUCUUCAGUACACCACAAACCACAAAGUACUUCUCUUUAUUGGAGAUGCUUUUAUUCCACUCCUGCAAAGAUCACAAGUGCAAACAUCGGGCUUUGUGGCCUGUACUACAGCAGGUCAGCAGAUGGAGCUACAAGCAUUUUGGCUUCACCUUAAGUGGAUGCCAUGUCGUUCAUCUUUCUGUACAAUAACAAAGGAUGCUGCUGACUCACCUGUAGCUGCUGCUGGAUGAUUUUCAUGUUGUGUCUCUGCAGGAAGUUCUGCUCCUGUGAGCGCACUCGCUCCAGCUGGGAUAGCAGGUUAGCGAACAACACGGUGGCCAUCGACUCAUCGUUAGCUGCCGUUUCCCUGAAAACAGGACAGAGUGAGAGAAUCAAAAAGUGGUGGAAGGUAUGCCACUGGUGCGCUAUUGGUAUUAGUUGUCAUAUGCAUCAUGGGGGUGGAGCAUGGGUUGUAUGACAGCCUGAUAACGGCCUUCCACAUUUAAACAGCACCCUAGAAAUGGUUUGAUGAUUGUGUCAGCAGUCAUUGGUUUUGAUUAAGACGCAAACUCGUGUUGAAAAGUGAAGCUAAUAUAGAGGAGCAAAAAGGCUGCAGUUCCACGAGUGACCACUAGACACGGUCUCCAAAUAUGGAGAACUAUGGACUGACUUCCAUGCUGAAAGUCCACCUUCACUUAAGGUUAGGUUGGCUGGUAUUUAAGCUUUGAAGCACCUCUAUGAAGGAGCCUGCUUUCACGUUUCAUACAUCUUUGAUAUUACUUCCACUCUUACAUAGUUGUUUGGAUAUAUUCCAAAGUUUAAAGGGAUAUUCCGGCGUAAAAUUAAUUUUGGGUCAAACACAACGUAAGAGACUAAACACAACUCACCUACUGUCUUCCAGCAGCCGCUUGGUUGUAGCGAGACCUUGGGCCAGUCCAUUACGGACUAUAGCGGGGUGAUGCAGCUCAAGGAAGAACAUUUAUGAUCAUUUCUUCAUGGAAAUGCAAUCAGACCAAGACGCUAAGGCAGAAGAACUACCGCGUCUGCAGUGAAAAUGACUAAUAUGGUGAUUAUUACGUCAAGGAAGUGAUGAAGAAAUGUUGUGUCUAACUCGCUGUUAUGGUGUGUUUGACCCUAAAUUAAUUUAUGCUGGAAUAUCCCUUUAAAUAUUGCCUCUUGGUUUCAUAUGGUGAAUCCAUAGCCAGUUUGUCUGUUGUCCAGCAGAGGGCGACUCCAUGGGGUUACCUCAAUAGUUUUGUUGUUAUUUUUCCCACAUGUAUUUUUUCUCUUCUAUCUUUACCUUUUUGGAAAUUAGUUCAUUCGCCAUUCGUUUAUUUGACUGCACUAAAUAAGGGGACCUCCAAAAAUAUUAAAGUAAAACAUUAUUUAUAAACAGCCUACCCCACCUGGGAUGUAGAAAAUAUAAUAACAUGUGCCUGUUUUCUUUUGUUGAGGUCUUCAUUAUGAUUUUCAACAUUUCUAGAGUAUUAAAAAGGUAAAAUCGUCUUUUGGUUUACUGAUAAAAUAAUUUAAACUGUCUCACACAGGACUUGCAUUUGUGUACUCGUCACCUUCUAUGCAACACAAAUCCCUCGUUUAACUUUAGUGUUUAUUUCUCACCACACUUUAAUAAAUCUGUUUCAUUUUGUAAUUUAGCUGAGGUGAUUUUUAUUUAUCCGUACUCACCAGUCCUGAGACUCGAUCCAGCCUGCUAAACCCUGUCUGAUGUCCAUGGGGAAGUUAUCAUCGUACAGGUAGUCCACAUGUUCCAGGAGUCUGAUCUCCAGCUGCUGAAUCUGUUUCCACUGACUCAUCCUCACAUCCACUGAACAAAUACAGACACACGGAGCAAAUAAUCCACGAGGAAAGACUCUGUUAUAAUAUUCAUGAUUACUCUUAAAGUGACUUAGUUCGGCUCUUGUUUUGUCCUCAUACAGACUUCUGUUUGCUCGGUGUGUUACCUGAGUCUUCUCUGCGCUGCUUCCCCUUCAGGCUCAGUCCGCAUGUGAACAGCUUUCACUCUGACUUUCGUUUUUAGGUCAACCUCACAUCCAGGAAACAUGCCAGCCUACUGCACACACACACACACACACACACACACACACACACACACACACACACACACACACACACACACACACACACACACACACACACACACACAAAGGUAAUAAAGUGCGUGUGUUCUGAGGAAUGAGCCAACAUUUACCGGUAAUCCCUUACCUGUUGUGUCACCUGAAAAACUGCCGUCUGUGGUUUUCAUUUUGUUUUGUCUCAUUAAAGAGAGGCCAUGUUCUUUAAAGGUUAGAUAACAAAUGAAUAAUGACUUUAUACCAUCAAUAACCAGUCUAGUGAUGUUAAUGAAGCUUAAUUAUUGGAAAUGUGUUUCUCAAUUCAUAAUAUGAUUGACUAUACCUAACCAAGUGGUUAUAUAAUUUUAAUUCUUUUAAGAUGGAAAGAAAAAAACUAAAGACGUUUGAAGGAAACUGCAUAAAAAAAAAAUUAGAAUAAAAUACAAUAAAAAUCAAGAAUAGAAUCUAAAAAAAGAGAACAAAAAAGAGAAACAAAGAAAUGUAGUCGUUGAAAAGUACAAAAGACAUUAUGUUGAAGGAUAUCCAAAAAUAUCAUAAUUAGUAUAGUAUGAUAAAAAAUGUUAGUAUGGUAUGUUAAAAAGGUCAAGUAUAGUAUGAUAAACAUAUCAUAGUAUAGUAUGAUAUUUGAUUAUUAUUAUCAUCACCAUUAUUAUUAUUAUUAUUAUUAUUAUUAUUAUUACUACAAAUUCCUUUAUAAAUCUAUAAUAAUUUUAUUUCAGUUUAUUUAUGUUAAUUAGUGAUAAUAAUGAGAUAGAUAGAUAGAUAGAUAGAUAGAUAGAUAGAUAGAUAGAUAGAUAGAUAGAUAGAUAGAUAGAUAGAUACCUACAUAGAUAGACGAACGGAUAGAUAGAUAGAUAGAUAGAUAGAUAGAUAGAUAGAUAGAUCUAUCGAGAUUUACUUAUCGAGAGAUAAGUAAUGUACUAUCAUAGACUGUAUUUACUGUAUUGUUGUCUCUCUCUAUAUAGUCUAUUUACAGUCUAUGUGUACUGUAGGGGCGGUGGGAAAAUCUUGCCAGCAGGUGGCGGUAUUACAUUAUUAUGUCGCUACAAACCACUAAACCAACAAACAGAAGAAGAAGAAGCAGCCGCGGGGUCAGAGUUGAGAGUUGAGCCCGGUGAAAACAUGGUGGAACACGGGGAUAUCCGCGUGGUUCACCGAGGAGGCAGUAGAAUCAACUUCAGAGAGCCUGUCAUCACCAACGACUCAAGGUUAGUGUGUGUUUAUAUAACCGCAGAGUUUAACAUUGACUCUGAGAGACUUCAUCGAUGUUUAAAGGUCUAAUUAGACUAAACCACAGAGCCGGUGUUAGCUGUUAGCAUUAGCUGCUGCUGCUGUGUGUGUGUGUGAUGGUGUUUACAAAGUUAUACCUGCAGCAGCUCUGCACACCUGUGAGACACCUCACUGCUCCGGGAUAAUAACAUGUGAAGUCCUCAGUUUCUGGUCCUUAAAGCGGGUCUUCUGUUGGUCCAGGUUCCUGCUGUGCGCCUCAGGAGAGUCUGUGAAGGUCUUCAGCACCUCCACUGAGGAGACCAUCCACGACCUGCGGGGACACACCGACCUGGUGACAGGUGUGCUGCUCAGACCCUCCAACCACCUGCAGGUACACUCACCAGAUCAGAGGUUUAUGGAAGAAGAAAGAAAGAGUUUAUCAGAAAUAUCUAAAACUCAGACUGUAUUCUUGUUUUUAUUACAGGCCUACUCUUGUUCAUUAGAUGGAACUGUCAGACUUUGGGACUUCACAGAUGGUAUCCUCAUCAAGGUACGGCUUAAAAUAACAAAAAUAGAAAUAUUUAAACACAAUCAUGUCCUCUCCAGCAUAACAGAACAUCUAUCAGGGUUCUUUGUGGCCCAGAAGAAACAGGACCUUUGUAUUCACUUUUAUUUAAAGGGAUAUUCCGGCGUAAAAUUAAGUUAGGUGUUACAAACACGCUGUAACAUCGAGUUAGACACUUCCUCCAGAGAUGAAUGUUGCUGACCGCUUGCUUCUCUUGUUAUACCAACUUUAGUAACAACCACACGAUAGCAAUACACAUAGGGUCCCAGCCAUAGUACUAGCCACCAAACAUCUUUUUAACUUUGACUAAUGUCUUUGGCAAAGAGACUAAACACAACUCACCUACUCUCCUCCAGCAGCCGACCCUAUAUAACCUGUUGAUGAAGUUAGGUGCUGUUCUGAGCAUUAUUUGUGGCGUUUUGGUUGAGGUUUGUUUAUGGCUCCUCAGACUGCUGAGGUCGUUACUAAAGUUGGUAUAACUAGAGAAGCAAGCGGUCGGCAACAUUCAUCUCUCGACGGGGUGUCUAACUCGGUGUUAUGGUGUGUUUGACCCAGAAUUAAUUUUACUUUGGAAUAUCCCUUUAACACUACCCUCAUACUCGAGAUCUUUUUACCACGCCGUCAUUCUGUUGUGGACGUUACACACCAACACAAUAUAAAGGCUAAUCCAAACCUCGCUGUCUCAUUCUACCCAUCUUGACACAGAAGUAGAAAACUGUCAAAUUUGAGUCUCUUUCUGAAAAAUCUGGGUUGUGUGUUGAAUUUGUUGCGAUGUCUGUUGGUGUGACAGCUGUGUGUUCUCCUCUAGACUUAUGUCAUUGGAUACCCGAUUCACUCCAUCUACACCUCAGCCAACCAUGAAGGAGUCAUCUUUAUCGUCACUCCCACCCUGAGUGACAAAAGAACAGGUGAGUCCGACAGCUUGUCUUUGUGUUUGGUUUGAUGUCUGAGCCUUCUUGCCAGUGAACACUUAAAUAGUGUUGUCCCCCUGAACGUGAAUUUUUUUACAUCAUGAGUCAAGAAAACUCUCACAUUUCUCACAUUUUGUCUGUUGAGUCUCUUCUCUCUAAUGUUGAGCUCAUACACCAAGUUAUGCAGAAACAACAACUUUGUGGAAAGCACUUGUUGACCUUAAUUCACCUGCAGAAAAUAGUCAUAUGUGAUGUAAUGAUAUACAGGAAAAGAAAACUGACCUCGCUGAAGUAAAUAAGAUAGUUGGCCUGAAAUGCUCUGCCGUCCAGCUGACAGUCAACAUCGAGGAAAGUCCAAUAAAUGUGAUUUCUGCAGGUCAGAAAUGAGACUCAUGAAGUUGAUGCAGGACUUUGGGGUUAGAUAUUCAGCUCUGAAAAACUGUUCAGGCUUUAAAAGAUUGUAAACUCAGAGAAUGCUUCAUCACGUCUGUUUAUAGAGCUAUGAUCUUAGAUUCUGUCGACAUCUAUGACUGCAGUUUUAAAGCCUUCUCGAUGGUGAUUGUUGUCCCUCAGCUGUCCUCUGUGAUGACCAUUAAAUUUGUUUUGAAACAGUCUGUAAGAAAACGUUUUAAUGUAAGUGUGUCUUUUAGUCAUUCCAGUUAUUCCUCUCUCUGCGGGUCAGCUCGGGGAUCAGGGGAACUUGUUGCCCUUUAUUUCACUGUCCCUAUUUUGUAGAUACUUCCACUAGAUGGCGCCAGUUUCACACAAAAUAUCUUCUGUUAUGCUUGAGGCAGAAUCUGGGUAAAAGGUCACUGGGUAAGAAUGUGCAUCAGGCUGAUGUUUGGUUGUGUGUGUGUGUGUGUGUGUGUUUGCAGAGAUGUUCCAGUUGGUUGCCGUACAUCUGCCGCAGAGUGGAGAUCAGCUGGUGGAGGUCCGAGAGCUUUCUGCUGUGCUCAGCGACGUCAGCUCCAACCCAGCGGCCAUUGACUUUGGCAGAGGGGUACAAACAUCUCUGCUUUGACAAACACAAACCUACAGACUACCUGGAACAGACGCUUUUCCUGAUAGACAGUUUGUCGCUCUGACAGCUGAGCAGAGUCAGAUACAAGAGUCUGUUUCCUUUUGUUUGACUUUCCUGCUCCACCAAAGUUUAAAAAAAACAGAGUUGAUUAUUUUUUACCAUGAAACCAAGCUUUAAUGUUGAUUCAAGAUGUUACGUCUUCAAAACCUCCACCAAGAAUACCUGACUUUAGCUGAGGAGCUUCUUCCCAUAAAUGAGAUUUUUAGGAGCCUCUUUUUAUUUUAGUUGUGUGAAAUUUAGAGAGAGAAUCAAAGAAUCUUCAUGUUGAUUAUUAAUGUUUUCUUCAUCGCAGGGGGAAUAUAUUGCAUCAGUUAAAGGUUUGCAGCUGGAGGUUUACUUCUUCAAAAAGCAGAAAGCGUUCAGGUGAGAAAGUUUGAGAUUGAGUCUGGUUAAUAAAAUGUAGUUACUUCACAAAUGCUGGUCAGAUUUUCAAGUAAAGUCUCUUUUCUUUCACGGAUUAUAGCAGAAAAGCUUAAUUAGUUUCAUAUUUUUGCAUAAAAUCAUGGGAAGUUGGGUAGUUUUUGUUUUCUGAUCCUAUAUUUGUCUUGAAUAUUCAGUAAUACUUCCUGUCUUAUCUUAAAAUACAGAUUCCCUCUCAAGGAAGACAACAAAAAGGGAGGAAAGAACACAUUCACGUGUAUUUCCUGUCACCCAAAAGACGACUGCAUUGCCACUGGACAUGAGGACGGAAAGAUCCGCCUGUGGUCAGUUUGACGACAGAAACAAACUCUUCGUUUUCAUUAAUCACUCGAAACAAGUGCUGACAAGUUUUGAGGGUUUUAGUUUGUCCGGAUAUUUCUCCACAUUUCCCUUUUUAUGAUGAUGUUUUUUUGUGACUAAUUAAACCAAACCAGACAACUGGAGACAAUAAUAGAAAUUUUAUCUAUGAAUCACAUGUCAAUACAGCGUUAAAACAUGGAAAUAAAUACAGAAGUCAUCAGUUAAGCAUGAACCCAACAUACACCCCAUAGAAAUCAAACAUCAAAAAAGUCAGAUACAGAGCACAAAGUCUGACUGAGGAGGGUCCAAAGCACCUUAUUUCUUUAAUAUAUAAACAGAAAUUUAAUAAUCGGACCAGCUGAGCAGAUUAAAUGAAAGAAAUCAACCAGAAAACAGUCACAACAGACAACACAGCUGAGACACGUACAAGACAAGAUCAGUGAAGAACUGAGAGGCACUGCUCUGUCCACAGGGGGCGCCAAAGUCAACACAACCUGGAGUUUCUAACAGGUGAAUAAUCCUUUAAUCUUUUCAUUAUUUGUCGUUUCAGGAGAAACUUUAUCCAUAAGAGGGAGUACACCUACUCCACCCUGCACUGGCAUCACAGCGCUGUCAGCUCACUCUGCUUCACCCCUGAAGGUGGCGCUCGUUUUAUAAACGCUCCUCUCUUCUUCAUCGAUUCAGCUGAAACCGUCCUGCUAACAUCUGUCUAUCACUUCCUUCCUCCUGCGUCUGUUCAGGCACUAACCUGCUGAGCGGCGGCAUCGAGUCCGUGCUCGUCCAGUGGAGGUACAACCAAGACACUCAGCGGGACUUCCUGCCCCGUCUGGGCGCCGCCAUCACACACAUCACAGUCUCACCUGAUGGAGCGCUGUACUGUACCUCUCACAGUGACAACAGUAAGGAGCUGAAGACUCACAUGAACAACAAUCACACUGUUUGGUAUUAACUGGACUGUAAACCAUGGAAAUGUUAAUAUAAUCUAACAUUAGUGAUAAUAAUGAUCGAACUUUAUUUAUGUAGCACCCUUAGAAAAAAGAUAGAAGAUUAAUCAAAAGUGAGAAACAAGAAAAUCUAAAAUGAACAGAAAUACAAUAAAUACACAAACAAAGAGAGUAAAUACAGAUAGAGCGACUCGAACAUGGAGAUUUAAAGGUAUACGCCGUCUAACUCCAGCUAACACUGCAGCAUCACCUUUGAAAUAUGCUGAUAGACUCUCUUUUAGAAUCUCUUUUAUAACCAAACUCUUUAUUACUGUUUUUUUACAUUAUACAAACAAGUCCAACAAGAUCCCUGAAAGAUCUUGUUAUUCCGAUUAUCGACAUAAAUACUUGAGAAAAUCUGACGUCCUUGAAAAAACUAAAAUGUAGGAAAAAUGCAGUUUUGUGCUUUCGUCUGAAACUGUGAUUCUGAAUCUCAAACUGUGCUCACUGGUUUGUGUCUCCGUGUGUUUCAGAGGUGACGAUCAUCCAGAGCUGCGUUAAAGUAUCAGCUGUGAUUCAGGGUCUGGUCAAAGGUGAGUACAGAUUGUUUUUGGCACAGCACGUACUUCGAUCAUAAGAAUGCUAUGCAGGGUCGUAAAUGAUGGAAAUAAAAUUAUAAAAAGGUUCACGAUUCUUGGAAAGCCACCUGGCUUCCAAGAAAAUAUGAUUGACAUAAUUCUGGUGCCAGGAAGAGCAAAUAUUUAGGUUUUUAGAGCUGCAUUUAACUGUUAUAUCAUCAAAGUAAGACAGAGGAAAAGUAAAAACAAGGUCUCGUCUGAAGCUGCCAUCUGUGUGUGAAUUAACAGUCUCCUUAUUUUAUCCUGGUGCAGGAGAAAGUCUGAGGACAGACCUGAUGGUGGACCCUCGCAGUAAAUCCCUGGUGCUGAACGGGAAACCGGGUCACCUCCAGUUUUACUCGCUCCAAAGAGACAAACUGCUCUACAACGUAAGCUCCCUGCGCUUUUAUCUGGAGUUGUUGAGAUGUUACACAAAGUUCAAGACAAUUUCUACACAUGUAACAGGAGAAAUCUGGUUAUUAGGUGAACCCAGGUCAGAUCAAAAUAAGCUCCAUAAAAGGGCUUGUUGUUGUUGUUGUUGUAGAUGACCGGCUCAGAUUGUCAGUCAAAGUGUGUGACAUUGUUACUCAGAGGAGAGUUGCCCUCUCUUUAAAACCACCACACUUCCGCUCCUUUUGCCCUUCAGUCGUGUUAAAAUAUAUAAAAAUAACAAAUGAGCAAAGUUCAAACUCUUUGGCUUGAAAACGUCUUGAUGUUUUGAUUUCUUCGGUGUUUCCUGCAGCUGGACAUCGUGCAGCAGGAGUACAUUCACGAGUCAGGUCUGCAGCAGUUCGAGGUGGUCAAGGCGGCCUUCAGCUCCUCCGGCAGCUGUUUGGCAACAGUGGAGGAGAGAAAACAGAAAGAUGCCGAGCUGGAGCUGAAUUUAAAACUGUGGGAGUUUGACGACCAAACACAGAGGUACAGACGUCUGCGUGACGUUCAGUCGGUCUGAGCAGAAGUUUUCCAAAACUUUGAAGAACAAAAGCGAAGCAGUCACGCAGAAACCGCUCCAGCGCUCUGAUUUUGUGGUAUUAAAGUCAGUUUUAUUCUUGCUCACUAACACAUCUCCUCUAUCACCAACAGUUUUGCGCUGAACACCACCAUCACGGCCCCCCACGAGGACCGGAUUACAGCCAUGUGCUUCUGCCACGCCACAGACAGCCAGACCACCAUGCUGGUCUCCGCCAGUAAAGAUGGACACUUCAAAGCCUGGAAGCUGGCUGCAGCGGCCCACACAGAAGGUACGCUGCAGUCUGGUCCACUCUCUGACGUUUCUCUAGAAACUUUGGGUUUUGAUGGAGAUAUUUCUUCUUGAAGCACAAACAUAGCUCUCUUAUUUAUAGCAUUUAAACUCUUAGCUUCUGGCUCAUUUGAUCUGUCUAUACAAACAUCAUGAAUAUUUUGGUCCAUAAUUAGAGAGUUAAUAUCUUCCUUUCAAACAUCUUUCUUAACAUGUUUCUCUGGGUUUAAAACCAUCAGUGUGAUCCAUAAAUGACCUUUAAUAACAUGUAAAUAUCAUCUUAAAGAGAAUGUUAGUUUAUUGGAUGUUGGACCAUCAUCUCAGCUCCGUGCACAUGGAUGGCAUUUUAAUCCAAAGCUUGUUGCACAACCGUGAAUUUGCACAUUUUUGACCAGGGAGGUGUCUGCUAGACUGAAGUCCCUUCACCCGUGCCAGCCUCCAGCAUCGGUACUUGAAAAACCUGUCAGGUCCAAAUGUGUCUGAACCUCUCUCUCUCUAAUCCACCUCCCUCUGUCCCCCCAGAUGAAGGGCCGUCCUGGUCGUGUGAUUUCGUGGGAGCCUAUCACAGACUGGUGCCUGAGUGCUGUUGUUUCUCUGCCGAUGGCUCUCUGCUGGCCGUCAGCUUUCAGGAGGUGGUGACCGUGUGGAGCCCGGCCUCCUGGGAGCUCCUCACGACUCUGUCGCAGCCGCCAGGAGCCAUCAGGUGAGGGCGGAAACACAUUGACCGACACACGGUUCGGUGGAAAACUUCAAAACAGGAGCGUCUGAAACAGUCUUUGAAAGCUGAACUCAUUCAGAUCUGUUUCAGGGGUUACCCCCUGCUGUCUGGACGUCAUUAAACAGUUAAAUAACUUUCUCUUCAGCCCGCUGGCAGACGUCCACGGUGUUGUUUCUCACAGCAGACAGGAGGCGUAACAGCCUGUCAGCCAGCCGAACACAGGGACCGCUCACAGUUUCGCAACGUUGCUGGAGUCUCAGAAAUGUUGGCUGAUGUCCCCGCUCUCUGAGGACAGGGCCCCGAGGCCAACGAGGACAUGAAACUACUGUUGUUAGUUUCUGUACCACUUUUUCUGAGGAAAUCCCAAAACACUGAGUCAGCUUUUAUUAAAAUUAGGGAACCAGCUCUGAUUUAUGAUUAUUGCCACAAUAAUCUGGACUUUGCACAAUCAUUUGCAGAUUUCUUUGUUUUGAAUGACUCAGAUUUUCGGUGACAGGUUACAAAGAAAGACAGUGCACUUGUCGGUGAAGGUCUCUGAAUAAUCCAGUUUCAACGCCCAACUGGAGGCCCGGUACCAAACACCAGCCUCACUUUAAAGUACCGGCACAAAUGUCCAGAAAUAAACCACAAAAGAGGAUUUUUUAGGACUUCACCGCUUGUCUAAAUUGGCGAUUACUAAUUAGUUUGAGUGUCUGCUAAAGAUCCUGUGAGGAUUUUUAAACUCCUGAUGAAUUGGUUGAAAUUCACAUUGAUGCCGUAUCAUGGUACUUGAUCCAAGGAGGUCGUUGUGAGCCAAGCUGAUGUUCUGACUUUCUUAAAUACUCACAAUAAGUCGUCAGGAUGCAGUUCUGUUAGAUCUUCAAGUAAAAAAUAGUCCUAGAGGUAAAAUUUAAAGAAAAAACAAAGACUAGAAGAGAUCUUUUGUUCAGAGCAGAGAUUUACACACUUGUUUGAAUAUUCAUUGAGCUGCUUCGCUCCAUAAACACCUUCAAACUCUUCUUUUUUUUAACCGUCAUGAACUCCUUUCAGCUCCCAGAUCACACAGGAAAUGUCCGUUUUAAGGACUUCAAAGUUGAAGCAGGGAAACUGUAGCAGGAGUGGGUUCGCUGUUGUUGUCACAGCUGCACGGCGCCCCUUACAUAAUUACCUCCUAUGGACGUGUAGAUUUGGGUCAACUGCUCGAACUCUAACCUCCUUAAGAUCCAGACGCUUUCUGUGCAGCUUAAGUCUGAGUAAGAUUCGGCUCACAUGCAGACGGUUGACAGCGUGGAGGAAAAGUCACCUGCGUUGUUAAAGUCUGAAAUAAAACGGCGGCUGUAAUGGAUUCAUCAGUCGGACGUAGAUUUUCCGGGUGUUUGCUUCUUGGUGGGUGUCCCUGCUUGCGUGUUCCCCUUUCAAGCCCCCAAAGCGGAAAACUCCUCAAAAGCUAAUCCUGUGAAAUAUGUGAGGGGGUGAAGUUAGGGUUCUUUAAAGUCACUGAAAAACUAAAAAGGUUUUUUUUUCUCUCCUCUGUCAGGAAUCUUUGUUUUGGACGACUGAGCUGCUCCAAAUAUCUGCUGGGAACCACAAACAGUAACCUGCUCUGCUGCUGGAACCUCCUCACAUGCUCACGUAAGGCUGCGUGUGCGGCGUGCACUUCAGAAAUUCAAGUUUGCAGCUGCAUACAUCAGUGCAAAGUUGUUUUUAAAUUUUAUGCACAGACAUGAGUAAACUUUUCUGUCUCCUGCAGUGGAGUGGAGCACCUCCAUGGACGUCAGCCUGCUGCUGGACGACCCGCUCUCUGAGAACGUGGCCGCUUUCUGCUGCCAGGCUGGAAACACAGACUGUAAGCCUCAGAGUUCAAAUAAAGCAACUUUAAUUACAAAACCAGGUCCUUUAACAAACUCAUCAUGACUAUCAGGCCAAUCACAAGCUGUGUCCCAUUUCUACAUCCCUCAAAGGGUGCACGUCGAGUCCGAUGGCGUCACAGCUGCAUGUCCCAUUUUCAAAGCUGCUUCGUAUCUGUCCCACUUUUUUCCUGCAGGACGCAUCGAGUUCAUAUGACACUCGAGGUGUCUUGAGUUUCAAUGAGCAUCAGUUUAGAUGAGAAGACAGACCCUCAGACAGCAGAGUAAAACACAUUAAAUUAGGGCUGGGUGAUAAACGGAUAUUUUACAGAUACCAAAGUUUACGACAAUAACCAACAUCAUUUUGCCCAUAUCGGUAUAUUCUGUGUCAAAAAACUAAAUAAAUCAAAGACGUUUUUCUACAUCAGAGACGUGACUCCGCCCCAUCCAGUCUGUAACAAAGAGGGAAAGACAGGUGAGGAGAUGGAGGACGGUUCAAAAGUUGUAGCGACUGAAGUAGACAAAGUUAAUGUGGGAGGGGGUGAGCAGCUUGUGGAGUAGUUAUCGUCUAUUUAUCGUUAUCGAGGUGAACUGAUCAAUAUAUUGUGAUAUUGAUUUGAGGCCGUAUCGCCCAGCCCUACGUUAAAAUCAAUGAUCUGGUUUAAACUUGGUGAAUUAGGUUGCACAAUGAAAAUUAUGUUUUUUUUAGUUGCACGAAUCAGUGUUCACUAAUACGACCGUUUUUGCUGAUUCUGGUUUUUCAGUGUUCGUGUUUAAACCCAGCGAGCCCCGGCCCCUGUUUUCCCAGAAGGCCGUCUGCUCCGGAAAGGUGACUCACGCCGUCUUCGCCCCGAGGGAUGAGAUGCUGGAGAGCUGCGAGGAGAGCAGCCAGUGGCUGAACAGAUGCCAGCUUUACUUCCUCACUCAGUACAUGGUAAACUCUCGGCUUUUCCCUGAAGACCUCUCGUUUUCUAACAGUCAGAAGUUUCUCUUCAGUUUAAUGAAGUCGAUGAUACUCUUACAUCUCUGACCGACACGAGUCUUUAGUGAAAUUUGCUCCAGUUUUGGUCUGAAAACUACGGAGGAGGAUCAGGGCCACUGGGGACAUUUAUUAUGAUUCUGAGAAAAAACUCAGAAUCCUGACCUUUCUCUCAGACCUUAUUGAACCUCAUUAUUAUGAUCUUAUUUUUCCACUGGUCCUCAUCCUCUUCCUUAGAAAACAUCUAAUAUUAAAAUGCCGUUUUGGUUUCAUGGCAUCAGACUGUUUUUGUCUCAUCGUCUUCAUGCCGUCGUUGUCUCUCGUCUGCAGGAUCUGUUGACGUUCACCACCAAGUCAGAGGAGGACAAACUCAUGGCCUCCAGCAAACAGGUACAGCUCCCCUGUUCGUCCACCACCGCUCAGCUUUAUCAUGACUCAGGUUUUUCUAAUGCUGAAGAUCGCUGUGUCAUUCUGAGCAUGUUUACAGCCGCUUCUCUGUUUCUUGAGUACAUACCUGGUUCCUCCUCAUGUUCACUUCCUCAUUUCUUUGAGAAAUACAACAGUCAUAAAGUGGAAAAUGAUGACUGCAUCAUUUUCCACCUCACAUGUUUUCGUCUGGUAUGAACACGAGGUUUGAGAGGCUGCUCAGAUAGAGUUACAGAAGGAUGGCACAGCGAGCGUCCCGUGGAUCCUCUCCGCCUGUUUUUCUGUUUCAUGUUCAUUAACUCGUGGAGACAAAGCUGAGUCAGAAUAACCCCACUCUGUUUACUCUGUCUGCACAAAUAAAAAACACAGAUGCCGAGGACUGAACUCUGACCUCUGUUUUCCCUUUUCUAAAGCUUGUGAUUGAUGACAGCGUCGCCAUGACACCCUUCUCCCUGUUGCUGGGGAAACACCGGCUACAGGACGGUCAGGAAGCGGCCAGCAACCUGUUUGCAGAGAGAGCGCCUCUGCCUCAGGGGUCUGCGGCUGUCAGAGAGGUCUGUCGAUUUUAAAGUUCAACACAAACGUGUAUUUGAGUGAUCCAGCUGUGACUUUUUUUAAUCACUUUAUCGCACAUAAAACUUUACUUCUUUCCCUCACAGCUCCUGCAGACGCCAGCCCACGUCUUGCCCUCCACCUCUUUCCUCUGCUCCAUGUUUGUACAGUCUCUGCUCAUCUCUGUGAAAGACACCAGGUCAGUCAUCCUCAGUCCACAUCCAAAAAUGAUCCCGGGUCAACUGAACCUGCUGUUUGUAAAACCUGUGAGCACGUUUAUCGUCAUCUCGCAACAGAAACGUGAACUUCUAUGCCUCAGGACUUUAUUAUCGUCGUUACAUCAUAUAAACAUGCAGCGUGAAAUUCAGGGAUGUAAUCCAAGGACCGCUGUUGCAAUAUGGCCACAGACAACUUUUACUUCCCUUUAAGACUGAAUUAAAUUAAUCAUCAAAACCGCAGCAUGAAGAAGGGUCAGGGUGAGUGAGGUUAGCGGUUAUUAUUGUACAGAUUUAAGAGACGUUUUAGAGUGAAACGCAUUAUAAAAGAGGGGGAUAAAUACGCUGAUAUGACAUCAUGUGAGUGUAAAGGGUAUAAGAAGUGCUGUCAAAGUCUGAUCAUUUUUGAGAAGUGUUUCGGUUCAAUGACUUUGUGGCAGAAGAUUAAACCAAAUAUAGUAAAUCACUGCGGUUUGACUUCUUACCGAGGAUGUCACCUUUAAAUCGACCAGAAUCAAGAUUUCCUUUAAACAACAGAAGUUCACUUUUCUGUUCACCGUGCUGUCUGACAGUAUGUGUCAAAUAGUUUCAUCACAUUCUUAACUGUGAUGAUGUAAAAGGUAAUUUAACCUCUGAAAUUAUGACAGAGGACUAGGCAGCAUAAAUAAAUAAAUGUAUGGAGGUGCUGAUGGCCUUGUGGUCCAGGCUUUAGUUCUUGUAGCAGCAGUUUAAUCCCCGUCAACAACCCUUUGCUGAGCGUCUUCCCUCAUUCUCUACUCCCCACAAACCUGGUUUCUCCUCCUCUCUAGUAAAGGUUAUAAAUGUUUAGAAUUAUAACUUAGUGGAUUAAGACGUAAAAUCAAAAGAGUGAAGUUUUAAUAUUGUGACACUAAAGUUUUAAAAGAUCAAGAUUCACAAAAAUAAAGUCACAGAUUUGAAAGAAUGAAGUUGUCAUCUUAAGAGAAAGUACUAAUUAUAGGUUGUGGUUAAUUGGUGGUUUGUUAAAACGUCAUAUAGAGUGAUAUCAGAGGAGCGGUCAGCUGUCUGCACUCAAAUGAGGAACAGGGAUUGUAGCGACUGCUUUCCUUCAACAAAAGGCCGCUGGAGCACUGUCAUAUGUGACUCAUUAAUUCAUCAGUCCGGUUGAGUGUUGAAGGUGAUUUAUUGUUCAAAAAGGAAAGAAAACACACUGAUCCAGGUCCAAACUUUUGCCUUUAAAUAAAAAAGUGAUGGAUGAAAUGAGGUUAGACGGAUGAGGGAAAAACAGUCAACAGAAAAUUAUCAGACCUUACCACAACCCAUUUUCUGACUACACCAGUGUUUUUAAAUAACCUGCCAAACCUCCCGAAACCACACCCCACAGUGUCCCGAAAGUGACGUGCCGAGUAGAAAUCAUAUCCUCAACAAAUAUAUUUUGGCUCCUACAGGGAUCAUGCACUGUCUGCCUGUAAACCUGAACUUUAGAUGAGGCUCUUGCUCAACUAAAUCAGGAUCCUGUCACUUUUGUUGGAUCCUGAUGCGGUAAAAAUUGAAUAAUCACUUUCAUGACUCUUUGAUUUCACAAGAUGCUCCCUGUUCCUCUUUUGGUCUGUCCCGUCAACAAUAGGAGUUUUUUUCUCAUAAAUUUGUACUUUAAUCCUGUAAAUUUACUUCUUCAUGCAAAUUUAGGACUUCAGUCUUCAUUUAAGACUUUGUUUUCCGUUUAAUUUACAAAUUCAAUCUUUUCUGUAAAAUGAGUUUAAUAUGUAAUCACACAGAAUAAAACAAAUUCCUCCAGAUGUUAGAAGACUAAACGACACACUUUGAACGUCGAUCACCUGUAUGCAGACUAAAACUGUAUGAAUGUGCAGAAAUAUUAAAGCAGAAGUUUCUCAUCCCUGAAACUCGAUCGUCCAAAGACGCUCACGUGCAGACGACUUCAUCAGCACUAAUUCAGGGAGAGUGAGGGGGGACAACAGCUGAUUACUGACCCUUUACUCACUUCAUAAUUCCUCAAAUGUCCUUGUGACUCCAAAAACUGAUCUCACAUGAUUCAGCAACUCAAGGUGAUGAAAAAUUUGCACUCUGUGGUUUAUCUCUGAAAAUAUGCAGACUCAUGUCGACCUUUUCUUCUGUUCUCAUGGGCUCAGAGAGGAAAACAAACAGGCGGAGGAGGAAAUGGAGAGUGAGAAAGAGGAAGAGGACUCCGAAGGGGAAAUGGACUCUAGCAGCUCGAGGCCGAUGAGGCAGGAGUCUGUGGGAGUCGGAGCCGCAGGGUCUUCAGACCCCGCUCUGACCAAAGCUCAGCUUAAGGAACUGAAGAGGGUGAGGAAGCUGGACCACAGCUGGCUGUCAGGACUGCUGGACCCCUGACCAUGACUGUGAACAGAGACAGACGCUCACUGAUGCUGUGCUGAGACGAAGUUAGCAGCACAUUUGUGGAUGUUUUUGUACGUUUGUUUUAUUUUCUAAAACUAUAACAGAAAAAAAGUAAAUGACACCAACAUCAUCAUUUCAAAGCUCAUCAUUUUAGAUUCAUUUUCUAUGUUUUUACUUUUCUGUUUGUUUUAUUUGUUGGAUAUUAAAUCUCUCCGGAGUCAAAGUUUUGUUGCAGACUGCAGAAA